UUCCUCUUUACUCACUCGUCGUUAUCUGUCUGUUUCUCUGUGUAAACUAAGUCUCACCAGAAAGUUUCAGAAAUGGCCGAAAAGAGCAAGAUUCUGAUCAUCGGAGGAACUGGUUACAUCGGAAAGUACAUAGUGGAAGCCAGCGCAAAAUUUGGUCAUCCAACUUUUGCUCUUGUGAGAGAAUCCACUCUCUCUGCCAAGUCCACCAUCAUCGACAAUUUCAAGAGCCUUGGCGUCAAUAUCCUCGUUGGAGAUUUAUACGAUCAUGAGAGCUUGGUGAAGGCAAUAAAGCAAGCAGAUGUGGUGAUCUCCACAAUAAGCUCAAGUCAAGUACCUGACCAAGUGAAGAUCAUCGCUGCCAUUAAAGAAGCUGGGAACAUUAAAAGAUUUGUCCCUUCAGAGUUUGGAAAUGAUGUGGAUCGUGUUCAUGCUGUUGAGCCGGCUAAAUCAGCGUUUGACGCUAAGGUUAAAGUCCGACGAGCUAUUGAGGCUUCAGGAAUUCCGUAUACUUUUGUGGUUUCCAACCUUUUUGCUGGGUAUUUUCUUCCCAAUCUCAACCAGUUCGGAGCUACAGCUCCGCCAAGAGAUAAAUUGAUCAUAUUAGGUGAUGGAAAUCCCAAAGGAAUUUUCAACCAUGAAGAUGACAUAGCCACCUAUACUAUAAAAGCUGUGGAUGAUCCAAGAACUUUAAACAAGAACCUCUAUAUUAGACCCCCAGCCAACAUCUAUUCUCUUAAUGAUCUUGUGUCCUUGUGGGAGAAGAAGAUCAACAAAACCCUUGAAAAGACCUACAUUCCUGAAGAUCAACUACUCAAGAACAUUCAAGAGGCUGAGUUCCCAUUGAACAUAAUAUAUGCACUUGGUCACUCGGUGUUUGUGAAGGGAGAUCAGACAAACUUUGAGAUUGAGGCAUCAUUUGGAGUAGAGGCUUCGGAACUUUACCCGGAGGUCAAAUACACCACUGUUGACGAGUACCUUAAUGCCUUUGUCUGAGUCUUUCUAAAUUUACCCGAUCUGUAUUCAGAAAUUUCUUACAUGUGAUGAAUUUGAGAAUCAUAGGCUUAUAUAUGUAUAUCUUAGUGCGUGUAAGAUUUUCUGUAAAUAUUCAUGCAGUUUCUGUUUAUGACUUCCUUUUUCUAGUGUGAAAGAUUUCUUUUCUUACC